UUGACGUAUAUUACAUAGCCGCAAAAAGUCCGUUCCCUUCACUGCUUCCGAUGCGCGCACGAACUCGCUCAAGUUUCCCGGCAACAGCGCGCGGGAUAUCCGAACGAUCCUCCCAUUGCGGAAUCCCCUAUCAGCUACCGCUCCUCUUCCCGUCCUCUCGUCCUCCCGUCUUUUGCUGCCUUCUUUAGGGUUUUCGAUUAGGGCUCGGUCGGGAGAUCAACGCCGGAGUAUCUCGUGGGAGAUCUUUCUGGCUUCCGCGAACAAUAAUAGCUCCUCUGCUGUAGACUCGACCCAUGGCGAGGGCUGUUAAGAGAAAGCCGGAAACCAGGGGCGGGACGGCGGCAGAGGUGGUGGGAGGCGAGCACGGCGGCAGCAGCGACGCCGGGCGGCGCCGGCAAGGGACGGCAGACCGCCGUAUUCUUCGAUCUCGUUACAUUGCUGUCAAGAACCUCAUCAGCAGUAAACGGGAGGAUAUCACGAGCGCUAAAUCGGAGAGGUUUAAUUCGAUCAUCACGGAAGUGGAAAGCUUGCAUGAACAUGUUCAGAGACCUAGGGAACAAGUUGCAGAUGCUGAGGCUCUACUGGACAUUGCCAACACCUUGUUAACCUCAGUUAGGUCCCAAACAAGCAAUGGAGUGACACCUUCUGAUUUUGUGACUGCAUUGCUAAGGAAUUUUGGUCAACAACAAGGUGAAGCAAAUAUUGAGAAUAUUCUAGUUUUCAACUGGGAUGACAUUGGUCAUGCAGCUUCUCAUGUUUUUAGGACUGCUCCUGGAUGCCCUACGAUGAUCGGUCCCAUGUAUACUGAAUUGAAACAGCGCAAGGUGGUUGUUCAGAGAAAACGAACAAGGGCUACUGAAAGCAGUCAUCCUGAUGAGCUCAUUGAUGCUGGGUCUGAGGUGAAGGCUGAUACCGAAAAGAAUAUGUCAACCAUAUUUGAGAUCUUACGGAGGAAGAGAAACGUAAGGCUGGAAAAUCUAGUGCUGAACAGGGGAUCUUUCUCCGAGACUGUAGAGAAUAUAUUUGCCCUCUCAUUUCUUGUUAAGGAUGGAAGAGCUGAGAUUACGGUGGAUGAUAGUGGGCAUCACCUAGUUUCUCCAAGAAAUGCUCCCAAAGCCUCUGCAGUGGCAUCUGGCGAAGUAUCGUACAGUCAUUUCAUUUUCAGAUUCGAUUUUAAAGACUGGAAGUUGAUGAUGGACUCUGUUGCUGCUGGGGAAGAGCUAAUGCCGCAUAGAACUUUUGCAAUGGAUGAUGUGGUAGGUUAACUUACAUUUUAUUGAACUUUGGCAAAGCUUUGGAGGCCUAGGCGUCUCAGUAGAAUAAGGACAUGUAUAUAUUAGCCAUAUGGUUUGUUCAGCUAUCUUUGGAGAAAGUAAGAGUCCAGUGAUUUUUUUUCCAAUGUCUUAAUAGCUUCAUACCACAUGUAUUAUUGACAUUCGUUCUUUUGACUAAUUAAUUAACCCAACUAUUUAUACUGUGA